GCAGCCACAGGAACCCCCCACCCCCCAUUGCCAAUCGUCAGGCAGGCACCACACUGCAGUGCAGCCGCCAUGGCUCGCCCCGCGCAGCUCUACCUCCUCUCCUACAACUCCGUCCAGACCCUCGGAUGGUUCGUCGCCUUGCUCCGCCUGCUGCCCCGCCUCGCCCCUCCUUUCUCCGUCCACUCGUCGUACGCCGUCGCCGGCGACCUCGUAUGCUUGCUGCAAGCUUCGGCGAUUCUUGAAACGGUCCACGCCGCCGUCGGAUUGGUGCACACAGCACCGCUUCUUGCCUUCUUGCAGUGGGGAGGGAGGACUCACUUCGUUCUCGCUGUGGUGCGGCAAAUCCCCGAGGUUCAGAGUAGCCCUUCCGUGUUCAUAACUUUUAUGGCUUGGAGCAUAUCUGAGGUCAUCAGAUACUCCCAUUAUGCUCUGACUACGUUAAAAGUUUGUCCAGCAUGGCUGACUUACCUCAGGUACACUGCCUUUAUACCGUUGUAUCCAAUUGGAGUAGGCCCAGGAGAAAUGUGGACUAUGUACCAAGCUCUUCCGUUUGUGAAGGAGAGGGACCUCUACUCUGGCUUCUUUGGGGUGUUCUCCAUGAGCUACCAUUCCUUCCUAGUGGCUGUGCUGGCGAUCUACCCGUUCCUGUGGAUGAAGCUGUACCUGCAUGUGUUCAAGCAGCGCAAGUCAAAGCUGGGGAAAGUGGGUGUGAAACCAAGAGUGUUUUGAAUCGUGUUGUGAUGAAAAAAUUGGUUGACUCGUGUGAGUGUAUUGGACUAAUGAGGGUUAGGCCAUGAAAUCUGUGCCUGCAAAACGGUGGUUCGGAUUAUUGUGUAUAAGUGCUUGGGGUCAAUCUUGGUCAACGACAGAUCGAGAUCAAAUUUAGAAAAAGUUGUGGUCUAAUACGGUCGAGGGUGUUAGGUGACAAGGUGGGACAUAGGCGCGUAUGUAAAAACGAAUAUCGUGCGGAAGCCUCGGAUUUUGCAAAGAAAAAUCGCGAAGAAAUUUCGAAGAAGAGAAGGAGCAGUACAUGUGCACGGCAGCAUGCAUACGUACGUACUAAGCAAGGAUGCUGCAUGC